AUGCGGCAGUUCCUGGCCGUGACACCGGACCCGACCUCCCAGGCGUCAUCUGAGGCCUACCCGCCAUCAGAAGCCUCCACGCCACACUCCCUCUCACCAGGCCGUGAUGAUCAAGGGGAGACUCCACCGGCAGACUGGCUGACCCUGCUAAGGACACUACCCACACGGGCUGACCUCACCCAGGCUACCACAGCCGACCAGACCUCCAUCAAGGUGGACCUUCAGUUGAUGAGGGCUGACAUGCAAGGUAUGGCAGACCGCAUGGCCCAAAUAGAGGCAGAUCACGAUUCCCUUACCGCAGCGCAAGCGGCCCAUGCUGCAAGCCACUCAAGGCAAACCGCCCAAAUGCAUGCCAUGGCCAGAUAUAUAGAAGAUUUAAAUGAUAGGGGCUGCAGACAGAACCUACGAAUAAGAGGCCUACAAGAAGGUGAAGACACACCCGUCCAGCUUAAAGGCACACUCACAGCCUAG